AUGGCCGCUGCUGCAGUGUCCCCUCAGACGAAGCCCCAGCAACAACAGCAUCAGACAACGCCCAAGAAGUCUCCUACCGAACCCAAUGUUUUGAACGUCGUCUUGGGCAACAUCCAGAUCAAGCCAUGGUAUCCUUCAUUCUACCCGGAAGAUCUUGUUGGCAGGAAGGCUGAGCGCCUCUAUGUCUGCGAGUGCUGUUUUCGUUACUCCAAGGAGCUCAUGCCGUACCUUGCGCAUAGAAGAGUCUGUCCAUUGAGAGACUCGCCGCCGCCGGGAACACUGAUAUAUCAGACGGCCGACCAAUCGAUAUACGAGAUUGACGGCGAAGAGCACAAAAACCUCUCGCUAUUCGCCAAGCUCUUCCUCGACACAAAGUCCGUCUUUUACGAUGUCACCACUUUUCGCUACUACCUUCUCGUGCUCACCGAGCCGCAAACCGCCGAGAGACAGGUCGUGGGCUUUUUCAGCAAGGAGAAAAUGAGCUGGGACAACAAUAACGUGGCUUGCAUUUUGGUCUUUCCACCCUGGCAGAAACGCGGCCUGGGCCAGCUGCUUAUGGGUGUGAGCUAUGAACUGAGUCGGCGUGAAGGCAGACUCGGAGGUCCAGAGAAACGUGAGAAAGCCAACUUCCAACACCAUAUUUUGGGACGCCACGCUGACAGAACACACCAGCCCNUAUCGAGCCUCGGAAGAAAGGCUUAUCUGGCAUACUGGUCAGCCUCGAUCUGUCGAACCAUCCUGUCGAAUCCUUCAAAUCGAUCUUGGACUGUUGACCAGAUCGUUCAGCAAACUUGGAUUGCUCCCGAGGAUGUGGUCAUGGCCCUGAGCGAGACUGCCAUGAUCGAGCCGAACAAAUUGCCCGAUGGAUCAGCCGUCUUGGUCAGGGGCAAGAUCGAAACCUGGGUUCGGGCACACGAGACGGCGGCGGCCACGCCGGCCAUUGAUAGGACUGCAUUCACCCAGACCUUCCGUGAUCAAAAACACGAGCACGAAACCCGCAGAUGA